AUGGGCAGUGGUUACUUUGGAGAGCCAAACAUGGGGAAUGAUCACCAUCAUCAGCAGCAUGAAAGGGGAGGAAGUGGGUCAUCUUCAAGAAAGGGGAAGAAGAACAGUUCAUCAUCAGAGAAUAAUAAGCAGCCUAAGCAGCCACAAAGAGGGCUUGGUGUUGCUCAGUUGGAGAAGAUCAGGUUAACUGGUCAACUGGGCUGCACCACCAACAACAACACCAACAGCAGCAACUUUCAUCAUCACCCUUCUUUCCAUACUCCAUACCACCUCCAGGAGGAUAUUAGAGGAGGGCAUACCGGUUAUGGCUCAUCGAUACCAUCUUCUUCCUUCUCAUAUUCUUCCUCCUCAUCUCUGCCUUCUUAUGGCUACAACCCCAACAUCAUGAUGGGAGUUGGAGAUUAUGAGAGGACCAACAAUAUCGGAUAUGGCGUUGAUUCACAACCUUCCACGAUUCCAAGUUGGAAUCUGGGCAGCUACGAGUCUCAUCAUCAGCAUUCCUUGCAGCCAGGCGCAGCGAGACACCUUUUCAAUCUACACGAGACAACGUCAAGGAGCAAGAAGCACAGGAGUGAUUCGAUCGGGUCGAGCAGCCAGAACUCUGAAUCAAGUGAUAGUCAAGAACUCGACUUGGAGCUCAGGUUGUCGCUGUGACAGAUCAAAGUAUUGUAUGUCUUGUUCAUCUUCUUUACAAAUCUGGAAGCUGUGGGGGGAAAGCAACAAGCUUUUUAUGCUACUUAUAAGGCAUCAAAACCAUUGAUUUGAUGGAGGGGGGAAACAAGAAAGAAUAUUAUUCUAGUUUUUUCUUGGUCUUGUUGGUGAAUUGUCAUUUGGCCCACAGAAAAUUGAAUGAGAAGAAAUCAUAUCAUAUCAUAUCAUGCACCCUUUAUAUAUAUGUGG